AUGCCUCCAGAACAAGCGGAACGAGCGAUUGUCUCCAGUAGAAUUACUCCACCGAUCGCUGAGAUGUUUGUUUCGCCGUAAGACCGUGUCAAUAAAUGUUCUUCAUCGUUUAAAACCAUCAUUUUUUUUGUGAAUCACCGCAUCAUUUAUCUUCUCACAAUCAGCAUAGGUUCGACUGAAUAGUUGUUUAAGUUUUACCAAAGUACAAAAAACCACAUCGAAAAUUUUGUUUGUUCUUUCCGAUUUGAUUAUAUAUUAGACAUCUAUUAUUAUCGCUUUUCAACUCCCAAACUUAAGUUUGUUCUUAACAAAAAAAUGUAUUAACUCCCGUUUUGGUGGUUUCACUGUUUUAACGAACUUUGAACUUGUUUUACUAAUCGCAAAAACAUUUUGUACGUUCUUUCCGAUUUGAUUAUAUAUUAGACAUCUAUUAUUAUCGAUUAUCAACCCCCAGGCUUAAGUUUUUUUCUGAAAGAAAAAUAUGCUAACUAUUUUUCAUAGUCGUAUCCCACGAGACGAUUAAUCAAAUGCAAUAAUAACUUUUCAACAACUUCUUUUUAUAUUACCAAUAAUGAUUGAAUAUCUCACUGUUUUCAUUGGAAUUGUGUGUGUCUUUUUACAAAUUGGGUUGAAUGGACAGACUUUUUUUGUGAACAUGGUGUAAGUUUGAAAAAUCAGUUUCCAAUGUUUUUUUUGAAAUUAUAUACAGAAAGUCAGAAAGUAAAGAGAUCAGGCUUAUAAUUGUUCGAACGAUUCUUGAUAUUGCUCAAGGAGUUUUGAGUAAGUAUUUAUUAUCAUGAAAAAUAUGUUUGAAAAAAAAACAUAUUCAGAUCUUAUAUUUUUGGUUCUCACAAUUCUUCAUUAUUUAAUGCCCUACAAAUACUCCUAUGAUUAUAUUUUCCGAUCUGGGGGAAUUUUGGUUCUUAUAACUGUUUAUCGAACUUUUUUAGCAAUAACAAUUGAAUUGGAAAGACUUUGGGCUUCAUUUUUUCCGAUCAGUUUUUCUAAAAAGAGACAAAAUAUUUCGAACAGUUUAAUUCUGCUAAUUCUUCUUGUUUUUCCUGCCAUUGAAGAGAUUAUGAUGAUCGGAGUAUUUCCAACUGUUGAUUCUCCAAUGUCGAAUUGCAGUUCAUUUAUUUGUGGAGUGAGUGACGAAUAUAAAAGAUUCACUGCUUAUUACACAUUUUCCUACGGAGCUGUUAAUUUCUUAUUAUCUUUUAUACUUUGCACAAAGUUAUUUGUACUAUAUAAACAAAGAAAUGCAAUCAAUAACAGUUUCAUGAGGGUUUGGAGAGAAAAUAUUUGUGAUUUUUUUCAAAGGUAUUUUCCAGAUUAACAUUUUGUGCAUCACUGAUGGACUGUGUUCAUUCUUUUUUGAUUUUAUACCAGCUAUAUUAUUUUAUACUAAAGUUAUCAUUAUUAGAGAUGCAGGACCAGUCGUUAGUACUGUUCGUUUAAUUGGAAGGGUUCUUGAAGCUUCAGUAUUAUGUUAUAUGGUUAAUAAUGCUCCAAAACCCAAGGAAGUGCAAACUAUAAAUAAUAAUAAUUGUAAUAAAAUAUAA